AUGACACGAGCCACUCCUGCAGAAAUUAGCUGCUGUCAGGGCGACUACUGCAACAGUGCCAGCAGAGUGACGGGAAAACCGCAUGACACCCAAAAACAUCCUUCAGAGAAGGAUCAGUGUGCUGCACUAAGACUUGUAUCUUAUUUAGGUGGUUCAGAAGUUUUGAAUGUCAAUGCAAAAUCAUGUGCUUUGCCUGAGGAGUGUGGCCAGCACUCACUCAACGCUGGAGUCUCCAGAGACAUAUUUAAUGUAGAGUGUUGUAGCACCAACCUCUGCAACACCCAACCUGCGCCAGAACCCAGUAAAACCAAUCCAAAUGGCAGGAAGUGCUUCACUUGUGAUGGACAAACGUGCAGCACAACUCUAAACUGUGAGGGGAAUGAGGACCACUGCAUGUCAGCAACAGUGAGUACAGGUGGCCAAAAGGUGACUUUGAAGGGCUGCUCCUCCAAGGUACUCUGCACAAACAAGGAAUUUUUACAGGCCAUGGGAGCCAUUGGAGCAGAAAUGAGCUGCUGUCAGGGCGACUACUGCAACAGUGCCAGCAGUACAAGUGCUGGCCUCAUGCUGCUGGUGGCACCACUGAUCUCUUUGGUUCUGAGCUGAUGGAGAAAGAAGAAUCACUGCCCAGAUCUGCUUCACAUCACUGUGUAGACUCGUAGCACUUACUGCCUCACACAUGACCUUAAGUGAUAUGUGACAAGUAGAAAGUUUAGUAACCAACAGGAA